UGAUGCCUCUCCCGUGAGGCGCGGGCGCGAGCAGCAGAGCGUAGGGACGCCCCCAGGGUACGCAUGUGGUCGUGGGAAGCCCCUGAAUGCGGAAUGCGGAGCUUUCGGGAAAAUAGCUCAUCUCCAUUUCUUCCUCCUGGAGAAAGCAGCAAUGAACAGGAUGGGUUGACCCAUGAUGAUGUGCAUGUGAACUUCACUCGAGAAGAAUGGGCUUUGCUGAAUCCUUCACAGAAGAGCCUCUACAAAGAUGUGAUGCUGGAGACCUACAGGAACCUCAAUGCUAUAGGCUACAAAUGGGAAGACAAUAAUAUUGAAGAACAUUGUCAAAGUUCCAGAAGACAUGGAAGGCAUGAAAGAAGACUUAUUGGAGAGAAACACUCUGAAAAUAUUCAGUGUGGUAAAGACUUUGCAAGUCACAGUUAUCCUCAAAGGCAUGAAAGAAUUCAUACUGGAGAGAAACCCUAUGAAGGCAUUCAGUCUGGUGAAGCCUUUGUACAUCAAAGUAGUCUCCAAAUAAUACAUACUGGAGAGAAACCCUACAAAUGCAAUCAAUGUGGUAAAGCCUUUGCACAACACAGUACUCUGCAAAUACAUAAAAGAACACACACUGGAGAGAAACCCUAUGAAUGUAAUCAAUGUGGUAAAGCCUUUGCACAGCACAGUAAUCUCCAAAUACAUAAAAGAACACAUACUGGAGAGAAACCCUAUGAAUGUGAUCAAUGUGGUAAAGCCUUUGUAUUUCAUAAUACUCUCCAAGUACAUAAAAGAACACAUACUGGAGAGAAACCCUAUGAGUGUGAUCAAUGUGGUAAAGCCUUUGCAUAUCUUGGUCAUCUGCGAGUACAUAAAAGAAUACACACUGGAGAGAAACCUUAUAAAUGUGAUCAAUGUGGUAAAGCCUUUGUAGCUCAGAAUAGUCUUAAAAGACAUGAGAGAGUUCAUACUGGAGAGAAACCUUUCAAAUGUGAUCAAUGUGGUAAAGCCUUGGCAUAUCAUAGUACUCUCCAAGUACAUAAAAGAUCACAUACUGGAAAGAAACCCUAUGAAUGUACACAAUGUAGUAAAUCCUUUGCCUCUCAUGAUCAACUUCAAAUUCACGAAAGAAGUCAUACUGGAGAGAAACCUUACAAAUGUAAUCAAUGUGGUAAAGCAUUUGCAUAUCGUAGUACUCUCCUUGUACAUAAAAGAACACAUACUGGAGAGAAGCCCUAUGAAUGUAAGCAAUGUAGUGAAUCCUUAACCUCUCGUGAGCUACUUAAAAAACAUGAAAGAAUUCAUCCUGGAGGGAAACCUUAUGAAUGUAAGCAAUGUAGUAAACCCUUUGCCUCUCAUGGUCAACUUCAAAGUCAUGAAAGAAUUCAUACUGGAGAGAAACCAUACAAAUGUAUUCAAUGUGGUAAAGCAUUUGCAUUAAAUAGUUAUCUCAAAGUACAUAAAAGAACACAUACUGGAGAGAAACCUUACAAAUGUAAUCACUGUGGUAAAUCCUUUGCCUCUUAUGGUCAACUUCAAAGUCAUGAAAGAAGUCAUACUGGAGAGAAACCUUACAAAUGUAAUCAAUGUGGCAAAGCCUUUGUAUAUCAUAGAAGUUUCCAAGUACAUAAAAGGACACAUACUGGAGAGAAACCUUACAAAUGUAAUCAAUGUGGUAAAUCCUUUGCCUCUCGUGGUCAUCUUCAAAGUCAUGAAAGAAGUCAUACUGGAGAUAAACCUUACAAAUGUAAUCAAUGUGGUAAAGCUUUUGCACGUAGUUGUAAUCUCCAAGUUCAUAAAAGAAUACACACUGGGGAGAAACCUUAUAAAUGUGAUCAAUGUGGUAAAGCCUUUGUAGCUCAGAAUGAUCUUAAAAGACAUGAAAGAAUUCAUACUGGAGAGAAACCUUGCAAAUGUGAUCAAUGUGGUAAAGCAUUUGCAUAUCAUAGUACUCUCCAAAUACAUAAAAGAACACAUACUGGAGAGAAACCCUAUGAAUGUAAACAAUGUAGUAAAUCCUUUGCCUCUCAUCAUGGACUUCAAAUUCAUGAAAGAAGUCAUACUGGAGAGAAACCUUACAACUGUAAUCAAUGUGGUAAAGCAUUUGCAUAUCAUAGUUAUCUCCAAGUACAUAAACGAACACAUACCGGAGAGAAACCUUACAACUGUAAUCAAUGUGGUAAAGCAUUUGCAUAUCAUAGUUAUCUCCAAGUACAUAAACGAACACAUACCGGAGAGAAACCCUAUGAAUGUAAGCAAUGUAGUAAAUCCUUUGCCUCUCGUGGUCAACUUCAAAAUCAUGAAAAAAUUCAUACUGGAAAUAAACCUUACACAUGUAAUGAAUGUGGUAAAGUCUUUACACACCAUCAUAAUCUUCAAGAGCAUAAAAGAAUACAUACUGGAGGGAAACCCUAUUGAUGUAAGCAAUGUAGUAAAUCCUUUGCCUCUCAUGGUCAAGUUUGAAAACAUGAAAGAAUUUCAUACUGGAGAGAAACCUUACACAUGUAGAUAAUAUGGUAAAGCCUAUUCACAAUCAACACCUCCAACUACAUAAAAGAACACCUAUGAAUAUAACCAAUGUGGUAAAAGUCCUUACAGUGAUCUUGAAAGGUGUGAAUAUACUUGGUCUAUGGCAAGUGGCUGUAUUAGGAAGUAUGGCCUUUCUGGAGUAGAUGUGGCAGUUGAGAAGGUUUGUCACGGUGAGGGUGGACUUUUAGAUUCUAUGCUUAAACUCCACCCAGGGCAGCAGAGUCUUCUGGUUGCCUUCUGUUCAAGAUGUAGAACUCUUGUCUCCUCCAGCACCAUGUCUGCUUGGACACUGCCAUUUUUUUCAGCCUUG